AUGGGACGUAAUGCUAUACGUAAGACCUGGGGUGCGCGGAGGCGCUUCGAGUAUGUGCAGACAUUGUUUGUUGUUGGACAAGGUGUGGAAGAUAAUGGGCGGGAGCUAGUUCAAGAGGAAGUCGAUAAACAUGAUGACAUACUGUAUGUCGAUUUGAUCGAUUCCUACAGGAACAAUACACGAAAAUUCAUUCAUUCCAUAAUAUUUGGGUUUGAACCCGGAAACGGAUGCCAAUCUCCUGAUUUUUUGCUCCUUGUUGACGACGACUAUAUGGUGAAUUCUGUGCCGGUUGCUUUACUUAACCUUUAUCUUUACUUUCAGCUGUAUGAGGGAUGGAUGUUCAACACUACGCCGUUUCGAUUCCGCUUUCAUAAACACUAUACAUCUUUGGAAAUGUAUCCCUUUGAUCGAUAUCCACCGUAUAUAUCAGCUGGAGCUGUUUUGAUGUCGCACAAUACUGUUGCUCAUUUUUAUCAUAUUUAUCCAUUCGAUGAUGUCUACGCUGGAAUCCUGGCCUAUCUAUUGCAAAUUCAUCCGAGACAUAAUGAGGCUUUUGUGUUCUGGACUCGUCCCAUAGAUGCCAAAGAAUGGAAAAAUGGCGACGUCUUGGUUGCGCAUGGGUAUUCGCCUAAUCAGUUGUUAUAUGAGUAUAACGACGUGAUCCAGACUGCUUAG